AUGGUGUUAAUAGAAGCCAAGAGUGCUGCCAGAGAAGCCAAGAGUGCUUUCAGAGAAGCCAAGAGUGCUGCCAGAGAAGCCAAGAGUGCUGCCAGAGAAGCCAAGAGUGCUGCGAGAGAAGCCAAGAGUGCUGCCAGAGACGCCAAGAGUGCUGCCAGAGAAGCCAAGAGUGUUGCCAGAGAAGCCAAGAGUGCUGCCAGAGAAGCCAAGAGUGCUGCCAGAGAAGCCAAGAGUGCUGCCAGAGAAGCCAAGAGUGCUGCCAGAGAAGCCAAGAGCGCUGCUAGAGAAGCCAAGAGUGCUGCCAGAGAAGCCAAGAGCACUGCCAGAGAAGCCAAGAGUGCUACCAGAGAAGCCAAAAGUGCUGCUAAGAGUGGCAACAAGGGGUUUGACUUGUCCCCACUGCAUAGGGUGAAGAAACGGUGUAGGCAGUUGUCUAGGCAGACAGUUAGGCAGGUGAUCUACUGCCCUGAGGAGCUGGUGAGCUAUUGCCCUGAGGAGCUGGUGAGCUAUUGCCCUGAGGAGCUGGUGAAGGCUGCAGCAGUCCAGGAACUUCAAUGGGCUGGAUCAGACAACAAGGGUUUGGAGUUUGCCAUCCCAGCCCUAAGAAAGACAGCCCACUGGCUUGACUAG